AUGUCCAGUGGCCCAGGGAUGAUGAAGGGUGGUACUGACCGCAUGGUUUGGGUUCGAAGUGCUGCUGAAUUAAAUGAGUCGAUAUGCGGGGCACUGCAUGGCACGGAUGCUGCCGCCUAUAUCAACAAAACCAUUACACCGACUGCAGCGCGCAUUUGGCGAUGCGGUGAAGGCGUUCAUUGUUCAUUGGUAGCGCAUCUAGUGGAUCCUGAGCUCCGUCGGUAUCUCGACUCUAUGGUACAGCGCAUUCGAGUUGUGCACAAAUAG